AUGCUACCAGGCGAGAACAUGUCCAAAGAAGAGGGCGGCAACUCGCAAGGGGCAGGGCGCAGCAUUCGAUCAACAGCUUCGAGACUCGACUGCAAAGACAUGAGCAAACCCAAAAUUCAUGCGCAUCAACUGGAGCAUUUGAGAACGGACAACGAGCAUCUGGUUCAGUUUUAUGGGCUUGAUGACCCUUACAAACCGCUCAACUGGAGCUUUACCAAGAAGAUCAUUACGACCCUUCUAUACGGACUGAUCACAAUGGGCUCCGCAUGGGCAAGCUCCGCUUAUGCCCCGGCUGUCUCAGACAUCAGAAAACAGUACCAAAGACCCGAAAAAGUCAGCCUACUCGGAAUAUCUCUAUUUCUCUUCGGCGUCGGACUAGGUCCUCUUCCAUGGGCACCCUUCUCCGAAGUAUACGGAAGAAAGACUGCCGUCCUGACUCCAUACGCUAUCUCCGAAGUAUUGUAA